AUGGUUGAGGCCGAUGAACAUCACGGAAGCGAAGAUGAGGACAACAAAGAUUUUGUGAAGACGAAAGGAAGAAUGCCCCAAGUAGGCAUCUUAAAGGCGCAAGAGCUUGGGAAGAAGACAUUGGAAGCUGCUAAAACACUGGGUCAAGAAUAUGGGAAGAGUGCGCGGACGAUUCUCAUCGAGGCUGGGUUGGCUAUGAAGGCUACCUGCAAGGAGUCUCCGUGGAACCAACACCAGAUGUGGUUUGCAGCUACCCAUCCCCUGCCUAAAGGAGUAUUGGGAGUUGUGUCGCCAGAGGACGUCAAGGCUUGGAAGAAUGACCCUCAGCACACAUCGUUGUGGAAGGAGAUACAGGAAAACUGGGAUUGUGCUGUUGCGGGUACAACUGAGGAUCUUACAUCGCAUUCUGCUGCAGGUCUUAUGAUGGGUAUUCAUGAUGCUUUCACAAAAUCAGCUGCAUACUGGCAUCGCACCCAUGGCAUUCACAUUGCUGGUGUUGCAAUAUUUCCCGGUGAUGAAGAGGCAGGCCAUCAGCCCUCAUCAAUUCACAUCCAACUUGAUAUUAAGCGUUGGUUAGAUGAGCUCACCACAAUCCUCAAGUACAAAGACUUAGAAGCUGCACAUGCUGAAGGCAAGACUUUCAGCUUACUCCCUGCCUCUUCCACUGCUCCAAAUGGUAGCCUUUUGUGCAAUGGCAAGCCUGCCAGGGAUAGGAAUAGAAAGGUCCCGCCCAUGAUGAUUAGUCAGAAGUUUGCUGAGGCCAGCCAUCUGCUCAACACCUCCAAUAGCAGGUGGCUGACCAUGUUGGACAUCCUGUAUACUGAGAAGCUCUGCAUUUAUGACUGGCCCGCUGGUGUUCCCCCGCCCAGCCCAGAUUUUGAUCUAAAGGCUCUAUCUGCAAGUCAACUAUGUGCAUUGGUAGCUCCGUAUCUCAGGCUCCAUCUUGGAGCGAUGUACGAGGCUGAGUUAGGUCUUGACGACAACAACAACGAUACCGAGGCGGAGGCAGCAAGGUGGAGGCAGCAAAGGCGAAGAAGCGCAAAGGCAAGUCCAAGAAGUCAGGUGACAAAGGAAGGAGAAGGGGUGAUGGUGGAGGAGCCAAGUGUUGUCUUGCAUAUCAGCAGAUGGCCAGAAAGUGAUAUCCUUACAGUUGAGACACAGGCCACAAGCAUGUGCCUCAUCCCACUCGUCAUCGACACUAACAGCAAGGUUGUUCGCUCCCUCCAAGACUCAGAGAAGUUCAUCAAGGAUCUUCUGCAAGAUGACGCCCAGGACAACACUCAAGAACACACUCAAGACAACACUCCUAGACGCCACACCAAACAGGAAGCUUUGCACUCAACUACUGGAGCUUCGCGCUCCAAUCAGGCAGCUUCGCACUCCAAUCAUGAAGCUUCGCGCUCUCGAAGCUCUGCGCUCAGUGUCACCCCUACUAACCGAGUCUUUGAGGAACUCCCACCUUCGUCACCACCAACACCAUCUUCCCAGUUUUCGUCUCCCGCUCCUAUUUCACGUGCAUCAACUCCUAUGUCAACCUCGGGUUAUUCGCACGUCGGGGACGCGACAUAUCCCUCCCGCUCUCGAUAUGAGCAUUCACACGAUGGACCACGUCGACAUCAUGCAUUUGACGAUGCUAUGCCAACAUAUAACCCAGAUACUCACAAAUGGACGCGGCCCCAUUAUGAAUCUGCACAGGAGACUGAAGAUCUGGAGCAUGAAAUGGUGGAGGAGAGGCACCGUGUCAGGGUCCAUGAGAAUUCUCGUAUACCUUUAGGCUGCGCCCAAUCGCAGGCACGUGUAAGUUCUGCACCAAUUGCCAGCACCUCCCGUUCUCAGCUACUAUCACAUUCCUCCAUUGUGCCAACUUCUUGCACUGGUUCCUCACAGCGCUGCAAUCAUUCAACUGUCAGACCUUCGCAUAUCCGCCCUGCAUCUCCCGAUCGCCGUGCAAUCAUUGAAGAAGAUGAAUAUGAGUAUUACUAA